AAAGACCAAUCAGCCUCCUCAAUAAUUUGAACUUAAAAUUACCUCGUCACCAUUUGGCCAACCGCGAUUGGCUUCUUCUUCUCCCUCCGGAUCUUCUUUCUCGCACACAGACUCAACAGGCAAAACGAAACACAAAUUCAUUUUUGAAAGUUGAAUAUGCCGUCGCAGAUCUUGCCCAUAACUCAGCGGCCUUCCGAGCUGUUGAUUCUUGAAGCAUCACCUCCAACAUCAGUGUUGAUCAAACCGGAGAUUGAUCACGAUGACCUGAAUACUAGUCUCAUCAUUUCUUCUCAAUUUGACGAUGAUAACAAAUCCGUUGAUGUUAAGCCCCUUCUUUCCAGAGCUUCUAGUUAUAGUUCUACCUCCUCCGCUAACGGCAACUCCUAUCAACACCGACGGCGGCGGAGCGCCAGCGACAACUCGUUGGCUUCUCUCUCUGAUGGUAGUGGUGGUGGUGGUGGGUCCCGUCGCCGCUCUUUUAGCAAGGGUGUGGGACAUGCUGCUGCUGAAACGUUCUUGAUCACUCGCUUAAGCUUGAAGCUGCUAAGAUAUCUUGGGGUAGGCUACAGAUGGAUAAUGAGAUUUCUUGCUCUUGGCUGUUAUGCAUUGUUGCUUAUGCCUGGUUUUAUUCAAGUUGGAUAUUACUAUUUCUUCUCAAGUCAGGUCCGCAGAGGUAUUGUUUAUGGUGAUCAACCAAGAAAUAGGCUUGAUCUCUAUUUACCUAAGACUAGUGAUGGACCAAAGCCGAUCGUUGCAUUUGUAACAGGUGGAGCCUGGAUCAUUGGAUACAAAGCAUGGGGUUCUCUUUUAGGGCAGCAGUUAUCAGAAAGGGGCAUCAUAGUUGCUUGCAUUGAUUACAGAAAUUUUCCUCAGGGAACCAUCAAGGAUAUGGUAACGGAUGCUUCCCAGGGUAUCUCUUUUGUUUGCAAUAAUGCUUCUAAGUUUGGAGGUGAUCCUGAAAGAAUUUAUCUGAUGGGACAGUCAGCUGGUGCACAUAUUGCUGCAUGUGCACUCUUGGAGCAGGCAAUCAAAGAGGCUGGUGAAGGAGAGAGCACAACUUGGAGUGUCUCCCAGAUAAAAGCUUAUUUGGGUUUAUCUGGAGGAUACAAUUUGUUUGACCUAAUAGAUCACUUCCAUAGUCGGGGUCUCUACCGUUCCAUCUUUUUAAGCAUUAUGGAUGGGGAGCAAUCUCUCCGUCUAUAUUCUCCUGAAGUACUGGUCCAAGAUCCAAACUUUAAAAAUGCAGUUUCUCUUCUUCCUCCCAUUAUUCUUUUUCACGGUACUGGAGAUUAUUCCAUUCCAGCAGAUGCAAGUAAGAAUUUUGCAAAUACUCUUCAAAGAGUUGGAGGGAAAGCUGAAUCAAUACUGUAUGAAGGAAAGACUCACACAGAUUUGUUUCUUCAGGAUCCAAUGAGAGGUGGCAGAGAUGACAUGUUUGAAGACUUACUUGCCAUUAUUCAUGAUGGAGAUGGAGAAUCUCUUGCCAAAGAUGCUGUGGCUCCUCCAAGAAGACGCCUUGUUCCUGAAUUCAUGAUAAAGUUGGCUCACAGUGUUAGUCCAUUCUGAUAAUUGCUAACCCGAUCUCUGCUAUAAAACUGUUAAGUUCAUUAUCAAUCCUGUAUUUCCCAGAUUUUAGAAGAAUUAGUCUCACUAUAUAUAUAGCCGCAAUUUGUAUACAAAUCUUGCAUUAUAUCUCAGUUAACUAUACUAAUGUUAGUUCUUUAGAUCAGAUGUCGUUCAAGUAGAAGAAGUCAAGUGCUCUUGGAAAUGAUAAGGUAUUGUCUCCUUUUGCUUGGGGCAGGGGUUGUACUAGAAAUUCUUAAUCCAUUUAAAUUGGUUGUUAUUAGUAAACUGAGAACUCAAAAAAGCUUGAUGAGAUGAUAGAAGUAGCAGUCUUGUCCACAGAGUCAAUUUCUUAUUUCUCUUGUGGGGUUGUAGAAUUUAAUUUCCUGUGAGGACUUCCCUCUUGUAUCACUCUUAUCUCUAUAUUGUCUUGUCAUCAUUUAUCUAAUAGUAUAAGUAUACUUCGUUAA